UUUCAGACGCUAAAGGUUAUCUAUACAUUUGUUCUGAUUUCUGUGUUCAAGGAUUGCAGUUUAAAUGUGAUGCUGCAAAACCUAUUUCUAAUGUAGGUGUUGUCUCAGAGACAGAACUGGCAUUCACCUGAUAUACCACCUUAUACAAUAUUGGAAUUUUAUUAGUUGUCAAUUACUGUAUGUAGCAGUGUUUUGGAGGUAAAGGAGAGUUUUUCCAUCUAGAGCUCAUCUACAUCUUCGCAGUAAUGAGCUGUACUGUAAUAGAUUGUGUUAAUUAAAAGCUAGCACUCUUAAAUUUGCUAUAAGCAUGACUUUUCCAUGGCCAGGGUUAUUCAUGCCUUGGUUAUGGUUUCACCAAAAAUUGGAAUUGGUUGUAGUUAUAUGUUUAAGUGAAUUGGCAUGUCAAAACUGCUGAUGACAUUUGAUUUGAUAGUUUGUUAGGUCUUUUGUGGACUGGUCUACUAAAAGCCGUAUUUCAGCUUCUGAUGAGUUAGAGGUAACGUGUUUUUGUUUGUUUCAUUCCAAUAUGCCAGUGAUCCUUUAGGUAUGCCUUUCAUGGGAUCUGGAACGCCCUUUGAUAUUAUGAUUACACGUACAUCUAUAUAAUAUGAUAGGAUUAAUGACUCUUUUGUUUACUUUUAUGAUCUUUAUAUUCUGGUUUUGACUCUAGAAGCUGACCAGAAUGUGUUUGAAUUCAUGCAGAAAUAAUGUUGAUAUUUGGAACCCAUGUCGAACUUCUAUGAAGAAAGGGCAACAAUGAUUGCAGCCGGGGAUUUGCAGGAAUUUGUUCCUUUUGGUCGAGACCACUGCAAGCACCACCCUAAUGCUUUGAACCUUCAGCUUCGCCAGCUGCAGCCAGCCUCUGAGUUAUGGUCUUCUGAUGGUGCUGCUGGCUUGGUGGGAUCCCUUCAGGAGGUUACAAUCCACGAGAAACAGAAGGAAAGCUGGCAGUUAAGGAAAGGUGUCAGCGAAAUUGGAGAAGAAGUGGAUUAUGAUGAGGAACUCUACGUGGCUGGAAAUAUGGUGAUCUGGAGCAAAGGAAGUAAAAGCCAGGCAUUAGCUGUUUAUAAAGCAUUUACAGUUGACAGUCCUGUUCAGCAGGCAUUGUGGUGUGACUUCAUCAUAUCACAGGAUAAAUCUGAGAAGGCCUACAGUAGUGAUGAAGUAGAAAAAUGCAUAUGUAUAUUGCAAAGCUCAUGUAUUAACAUGCAUAGCAUAGAAGGAAAGGAUUAUAUAGCUUCUUUACCUUUCCAGGUUGCAAAUGUUUGGCCCACCAAAUAUGGGUUGUUGUUUGAACGAAGCAGUUCUACACAUGAGUUACCUCCAGGUCCACCCAGAGAACCUUUACCCACUAUGUUCAGCAUGCUGCAUCCACUAGAUGAAAUAACCCCACUUGUUUGUAAAUCUGGAAGUCUUUUUGGUUCAUCAAGAGUGCAAUAUGUUGUAGAUCAUGCAAUGAAAAUUGUUUUUCUCAACACUGACCCUUCCAUUAUAAUGACCUAUGACACUGUUCAAAGUUUGCAUUCUGUGUGGGCUCUCCGGAGAGUCAAAACAGAGGAAGAGAAUGUUGUCUUAAAGUUCUCUGAACAGGGGGGAACCCCACAGAAUGUGGCCACUAGUAGCUCCCUCACAGCACACCUCAGAAGCCUCUCCAAAGGAGAUUCCCCCGUGGCUUCACCUUUCCAGAAUUACUCCUCCAUUCACAGUCAGAGUCGCUCGACCUCCUCACCCAGUCUCCACUCUCGUUCACCUUCUAUUUCCAACAUGGCAGCUCUAAGUCGUGCUCAUUCUCCUGCCUUAGGAGUGCACUCUUUUUCGGGGGUGCAGAGGUUCAACCUUUCAAGCCAUAAUCAGUCUCCAAAGAGACAUAGUAUUUCUCAUUCUCCGAAUAGUAAUUCUAAUGGCUCCUUCCUUGCACCAGAAACAGAGCCAAUUGUUCCUGAACUUUGUAUUGACCAUUUAUGGACAGAAACGAUUACUAAUAUAAGAGAGAAAAAUUCACAGGCCUCAAAAGUGUUUAUUACGUCUGACCUAUGUGGGCAGAAGUUCUUGUGCUUUUUAGUGGAGUCCGAGCUCCAGUUACGCUGUGUAAAGUUUCAAGAGAGUAAUGAUAAAACUCAGCUCAUCUUUGGCUCCAUCACCAACAUACACGCGAAGGAUGCAGCUCCAGUGGAGAAGAUAGAUACCAUGCUGGUCCUUGAAGGCAGCGGAAACCUGGUGCUGUACACAGGAGUGGUUCGGGUGGGAAAGGUUUUCAUUCCGGGGCUGCCAGCUCCUUCCCUGACAAUGUCUAACACAAUGCCUCGGCCCAGCACUCCACUUGACAGUGUCAGUACUCCUAAGCCUCUCAGUAAACUACUUGGAUCCUUGGAUGAGGUUGUUCUAUUCUCCCCAGUUGCAGAACUGAGGGAUUCUUCCAAACUUCAUGACUCUCUCUAUAAUGAGGAUUGUACUUUCCAGCAGCUUGGAACUUACAUUCAUUCUAUAAGAGACCCUGUCCGUAACAGAGUAACUCUGGAAUUGAGUAACGGCUCCAUGGUUAGGAUUACUAUUCCUGAAAUUGCCACCUCUGAAUUAGUGCAAACAUGUUUGCAAGCAAUUAAGUUCAUCCUGCCAAAAGAAAUAGCUGUUCAGAUGCUUGUCAAGUGGUACAGUGUCCACAGUGCUCCAGGAGGACCCAGUUAUCACUCCGAGUGGAAUUUAUUUGUGACUUGUCUCAUGAACAUGAUGGGUUAUAACACAGACCGCUUAGCAUGGACCCGAAACUUUGACUUUGAAGGAUCACUUUCCCCAGUCAUUGCACCCAAAAAAGCAAGGCCUUCUGAGACAGGAUCUGAUGAUGACUGGGAGUAUUUACUGAAUUCAGACUACCACCAGAAUGUUGAGUCUCAUCUUUUGAAUAGAUCUUUAUGUUUGAAUCCUUUGGAAGUUUCACAGAUGAAGGAUGAAGAUUUUUCACAGAAUCUCAUUCUGGAUUCCUCUACACUUCUGUUUACUCAUAUACCUGCGAUUUUUUUUGUUCUUCACCUUGUUUAUGAGGAGCUGAAGUUGAAUACUCUAAUGGGAGAAGGAAUCCGUUCACUUGUUGGCCUUCUUGUUCAGUUGGCAAGGGAUUUAAAAUUGGAGCCUUAUGUAGAUCAUUACUAUAGAGAUUACCCAACACUUGUCAGAACUACUGGACAAGUGUGCACAAUUGAUCAAGGUCAAACAGGAUUUAUGCAUCAUCCAUCAUUUUUUACUUCUGAGCCACCAAGCAUUUAUCAGUGGGUGAGUUCUUGUCUGAAGGGUGAAGGAAUGCCGCCCUAUCCUUACCUCCCCGGAAUCUGUGAAAGAAGUAGACUUGUAGUCUUGAGUAUUGCACUCUACAUACUUGGUAAUGAGAGCUCUGUUUCUGAUGAAUCUUCACAGUAUUUAUCCAGGAUAACUAUAGCCCCCCAGAAGUCACAAGCAGAACAAGAAGAAAACAGGUUUAGUUUCAGGCAUUCUACAUCAGUUUCUAGUCUAGCUGAACGAUUAGUCGUCUGGAUGACUGAUGUAGGUUUCACUUUAAGAGACUUGGAAACUCUUCCCUUUGGAAUUGCUCUUCCCAUCAGAGAUGCAAUUUACCACUGUCGUGAACAACCUGCUUCAGACUGGCCAGAAGCUGUCUGUCUCCUGAUCGGACGGCAGGAUCUGUCCAAACAGGCCUGCGAAGGAAACUUGCCCAAAGGGAAAUCUGUGCUCUCAUCAGAUGUUCCUUCAGGAACAGAAACUGAGGAGGAAGAUGAUGGCAUGAAUGACAUGAAUCAGGAAGUUAUGUCAUUAAUAUGGAGUGAAGAUUUAAGGGUGCAGGACGUGCGAAGACUUCUUCAAAGUGCGCAUCCUGUCCGUGUCAAUGUAGUACAGUAUCCAGAACUCAGUGACCAUGAGUUUAUUGAGGAAAAAGAAAACAGAUUGCUCCAGUUGUGUCAGCGAACUAUGGCCCUUCCCGUAGGACGAGGAAUGUUUACCUUGUUUUCAUACCAUCCUGUUCCAACGGAACCACUGCCUAUUCCUAAAUUGAAUUUGACUGGACGGGCCCCUCCUCGGAACACAACAGUAGACCUUAACAGUGGAAACAUCGAUGUGCCUCCCAACAUGACAAGCUGGGCCAGCUUCCACAAUGGUGUGGCUGCUGGCCUGAAGAUAGCCCCUGCCUCCCAGAUCGACUCAGCUUGGAUUGUUUAUAAUAAGCCUAAGCAUGCUGAGUUAGCCAAUGAAUAUGCUGGUUUUCUCAUGGCCCUGGGUCUGAAUGGGCACCUUACCAAGCUGGCUACUCUCAAUAUCCAUGACUACUUGACCAAGGGUCAUGAAAUGACAAGCAUUGGACUGCUCCUUGGUGUUUCUGCUGCUAAACUGGGCACCAUGGAUAUGUCAAUUACUCGGCUUCUUAGCAUUCACAUUCCUGCCCUCUUACCCCCAACGUCCACAGAGCUUGAUGUUCCUCAUAAUGUCCAGGUGGCUGCAGUGGUUGGCAUUGGCCUUGUAUAUCAGGGGACAGCUCACAGGCACACUGCGGAAGUCCUGUUGGCUGAGAUAGGACGGCCCCCAGGUCCCGAAAUGGAAUACUGCACUGACAGAGAGUCCUACUCCUUAGCUGCUGGCUUGGCCCUGGGCAUGGUUUGCUUGGGGCAUGGCAGUAAUUUGAUAGGUAUGUCUGAUCUCAAUGUGCCUGAGCAGCUGUAUCAGUACAUGGUUGGAGGUCAUAGGCGCUUUCAAGCAGGAAUGCACAGGGAGAAGCAUAAAUCCCCAAGUUAUCAAAUCAAAGAAGGAGAUACCAUAAAUGUUGAUGUAACUUGUCCAGGUGCCACUCUAGCUUUGGCCAUGAUCUACUUAAAAACCAAUAACAGAUCUAUUGCAGAUUGGCUUCGAGCUCCUGACACCAUGUAUUUGCUGGACUUUGUGAAACCAGAAUUUCUCUUGCUUAGGACACUUGCUCGAUGCCUGAUUCUGUGGGAUGAUAUUUUACCAAAUUCCAAGUGGGUUGAUAGCAAUGUUCCUCAAAUUAUAAGAGAAAAUAGCAUCUCUCUCAGUGAAAUUGAAUUGCCUUGCUCAGAGGAUUUGAAUUUGGAAACUUUAUCGCAGGCACAUGUCUACAUAAUUGCAGGAGCCUGCUUGUCUCUGGGUUUUCGAUUUGCGGGCUCAGAAAACUUAUCAGCGUUUAACUGUUUGCAUAAAUUUGCAAAAGAUUUUAUGACAUAUUUGUCUGCACCUAAUGCUUCUGUAACAGGGCCGUACAACCUGGAGACCUGCCUGAGUGUGGUGCUUCUGUCUCUCGCCAUGGUGAUGGCUGGCUCGGGGAACCUAAAGGUUUUGCAGCUCUGUCGCUUCUUGCACAUGAAAACAGGUGGUGAAAUGAACUAUGGCUUCCACUUAGCCCAUCACAUGGCCCUUGGACUUCUCUUUCUGGGAGGAGGAAGGUACUCUUUGAGUACAUCAAACUCUUCCAUUGCUGCUCUCCUCUGUGCCCUUUACCCACACUUCCCAGCUCACAGCACUGACAACCGGUAUCAUCUCCAGGCUCUGCGGCACCUAUAUGUGCUGGCUGCAGAACCAAGGCUCCUGGUGCCUGUGGACGUGGAUACAAACAUGCCCUGCUAUGCCCUUUUAGAAGUUACCUAUAAGGGUACUCAAUGGUAUGAACAAACCAAAGAAGAAUUGAUGGCCCCUACCCUUCUUCCAGAACUCCACCUUUUAAAGCAGAUUAAAGUAAAAGGGCCACGAUACUGGGAACUGCUCAUAGAUUUAAGCAAGGGAACACAACACUUGAAAUCAAUCCUUUCUAAGGAUGGGGUUCUAUAUGUUAAGCUCAGAGCGGGUCAGCUCUCCUACAAGGAAGAUCCGAUGGGGUGGCAAAGUUUGUUGGCCCAGACUGUUGCUAACAGGAACUCUGAAGCUCGGGCUUUCAAGCCAGAAACAAUUUCAGCAUUCACUUCUGAUCCAGCACUUCUGUCAUUUGCUGAAUAUUUCUGCAAACCGACCGUGAACAUGGGUCAGAAACAGGAAAUUCUGGAUCUGUUUUCUUCAGUACUCUAUGAAUGUGUCACUCAGGAGACCCCAGAGAUGUUGCCUGCAUACAUAGCAAUGGAUCAGGCUAUGAGAAGACUAGGAAGAAGAGAAAUGUCUGAGACAUCUGAACUUUGGCAGAUAAAGUUGGUGUUAGAGUUUUUCAGCUCCAGGAGCCAUCAGGAACGGCUGCAGAACCAUCCUAAGCGGGGACUCUUUAUGAACUCUGAGUUCCUCCCUGUUGUCAAAUGCACUAUUGAUAAUACUCUGGACCAGUGGCUACAAGCUGGGGGUGAUGUGUGUGUGCACGCCUACCUCAGUGGGCAGCCCUUUGAGGAAUCUCAGCUGAGCAUGCUGGCCUGUUUCCUCGUCUACCACUCGGUACCAGCGCCAUGGCACCUGCCGUCUGUAGGACUAGAAGGGAGCACAAGCUUUGCUGAACUCCUCUUCAAGUUUCAACAUCUGAAAAUGCCAGUGCGAGCUUUGCUAAGAUUGGCUCCUUUGCUUCUUGGAAAUCCACAGCCAAUGGUUAUGUGAUUGCGUCUGGUGGUAAACCUACCCUGAAACGUGACUUCUGCACAGAAACACGACCAAACAACGUAGUUGAUGAAAUGUUUAUAAGUUUUAUAAUAUAACUAGGGGGAAUUGAGCUGCACAAACCUCAGUGUAUUUUAAUAUCCAAGUGUUUUCAGUGUUCCAGAGGCUCUGUUGCUGUUGGCGUUAACAUUAUAUGAUAUAUAAAAGUGAGUUAAAGUUUACUUUUGUAAAUAAAGUUUUUUGGUUUGUUUUCCUAA